UGAAGGUCACAGCAGGAGCAUCUUCAUCCCCGUGUAUUCAUCCUCUCAUCAAAUAUCACAUGAAUGAUCGAUUAACCGACCGGACUCUUCGGCUGCACACCUCAUGAUGUGAGACAGGAGAUCCAGAUCCUGCAUCCCUGCUGCCUGUCUCACUGCUGCCUGCCUGUCUGCCUGUCUGCCUGUCUGACCACCAGCUCCUCCACCUGUCUCCCUCCCUGCUCCUCCACCUGUCUCUCUCUCUUUCUCUCCGCCUGUCUCCCUCUCUGCCUCGCCGUCAUGGGGAACCGGGGGAUGGAGGAGCUCAUCCCGCUGGUGAACCGGCUCCAGGACGCCUUCGGGUCCAUCGGCCAGAACUCGAGCCUCGACCUGCCGCAGAUCGCGGUGGUGGGCGGGCAGAGCGCCGGGAAGAGCUCCGUGCUGGAGAACUUCGUGGGGAAGGACUUCCUCCCUCGUGGCUCUGGCAUCGUGACUCGUCGCCCCUUGGUGCUUCAGCUCAUCAACUGUCCGACAGAGUACGCAGAGUUCCUGCACUGUAAAGGGAAGAAGUUCAUAGACUUUGAUGAAGUCCGUAAGGAGAUCGAAGACGAGACUGAUCGAGUCACGGGGGCCAACAAAGGGAUCAGUCCGGUCCCCAUAAACCUGCGAGUCUACUCCCCACAUGUGUUGAACCUGACUCUGGUGGAUCUUCCCGGGAUGACGAAGGUGCCGGUGGGGGACCAGCCGGCGGACAUCGAGCAGCAGAUCAGAGAGAUGCUCAUGCAGUUUGUCACCAAGGAAAACUGCCUCCUAUUGGCUGUUUCCCCCGCCAACUCUGACCUCGCCAACUCUGAUGCCCUGAAGAUCGCCAAGGAGGUGGACCCGCAAGGUAUGAGGAGCAUCGGAGUGAUAACCAAACUGGACUUGAUGGACGAAGGAACUGACGCCAGAGACAUUUUGGAGAACAAACUGCUGCCACUGCGCAGAGGUUACAUCGGGGUGGUCAACCGCAGUCAGAAGGACAUCGACGGGAGGAAAGACAUCACAGCAGCUCUGCAGGCAGAGAGGAAGUUCUUCCUUUCACACCCGUCAUACCGUCACCUGGCCGACCGCAUGGGCACCGCCUACCUGCAGAAGAUCCUCAACCAGCAACUGACCAACCACAUCCGGGACACUCUGCCGGCGCUACGCAGCAAACUGCAGAGUCAGCUGCUGGCCAUCGAGAAGGAGGUGGAGGAGUACAAGAGCUUCAGACCAGACGACCCGGGACGCAAGACCAAGGCCCUGCUGCAGAUGGUGCAGCAGUUUGCGGUGGACUUUGAGAAGCGGAUCGAGGGAUCUGGGGAUCAGGUGGAGACCUACGAGCUGUCCGGAGGAGCCAAGAUCAACCGGAUCUUCCACGAGCGUUUUCCUUUUGAGUUGGUCAAGUUGGAGAGUGACGAAAAGACUCUACGAAAAGAGAUCAGCUAUGCCAUCAAAAACAUUCAUGGAAUCAGGACCGGUCUGUUCACUCCUGACAUGGCGUUCGAGACGAUCGUGAAGCGUCUGAUCGCUCAGAUCAAAGAGCCGUGUCAGAAGUGUGUGGACAUGGUGAUCAAUGAGCUGGUCAACACCGUGAGGCAGUGCACGCAGAAGCUGGCUCAGUACCCGAUGCUCAGAGAGGAGAUGGAGAGAAUCGUUACUCAGCACAUCAGAGACCGAGAGAGCCGCACCAAAACCCAGGUGAUGCUGCUGAUUGACAUCGAGUUGUCCUACAUCAACACAAACCACGACGACUUCAUUGGCUUUGCAAAUGCCCAGCAGAAGAGCAGCCAGGCGAGCAAGAAGAAAGCAGCAGGAACCCAGGACGAGAUCAUGGUGAUCCGUAAAGGCUGGCUGACCAUCAACAACAUCAGCAUCAUGAAGGGAGGAGCCAAAGAGUACUGGUUCGUCCUGACUGCUGAGACACUGUCCUGGUACAAAGAUGAUGAGGAGAAAGAGAAGAAGUACAUGCUGCCUGUGGACAACCUGAAACUCAAGGACAUCGAGAAGAGCUUCAUGUCCAGCAAACACAUCUUUGCCCUGUUCAACACUGAACACAGGAACGUGUACAAAGAUUACCGUCAGCUGGAGCUGGCCAGCGAGUCUCAGGAGGAGGUGGACAGCUGGAAGGCUUCUUUCCUACGAGCUGGAGUGUACCCUGAACGCUCCGUGGAUAGAGAGAAGCCUGAGGCGGAGGAGGCGAGCGGAGACGGGCAAAUCCACAGCAUGGAUCCUCAGCUGGAGCGGCAGGUGGAGAUUGUCCGGAACUUGGUGGACUCUUACCUGUCCAUCAUCCAUCGCACCGUCAGGGACCUCAUCCCCAAGGCCAUCAUGCACCUGAUGGUCAACAAUACGAAGGAGUUUAUCCAUGCCGACCUGCUGGCCCAGCUUUACUCCUGUGGAGACCAAAACAGCCUGAUGGAGGAGUCCCAGGAGCAGGCACAGCACCGAGAUGAGAUGUUGAGGAUGUACCAUGCCCUGCGAGAGGGCCUCAGCAUCAUCGGUGACAUCAGCACCUCCACCAUCACCACGGCAAUGCCGCCACCCGUGGACGACUCCUGGCUGCAGGUGACAGGGAUGCCAUCAGGACGCAGGUCUCCCAUGUCCAGUCCGACCCCCAACCGCCGGGCGCCUCCUGGACCUCCUCGUCCAGGCGGCCGUGCUGCCCCGUCUCGUCCCGCGGUGUCACCCGACCCUGGACCCCCGCCCUCUGUUCCCUCCCGACCCAAUAGAGCCCCCCCACCAGGAGUCCCCAGUCGUCCCAAUAAAGGUAGCCCCGCCCACGGAGAGAGCCCCCAGUCUUCUAUUGAGGGUUAACCUGAACCGAGUGUGUUUGUGUCUCUACUGAACUGUUCUACUGUUCUUUACUGAUGCUGUGUUACUGUGAACCUUACUAGUAAUAAUGAUGAAAAUUAUAUUGAUUAUCAGCACAUUAUGACUAUAUAGCAAAUGAUCAGCAAAUCACUACUGCAAUAUUGAGUGUAUAGAUAAGUUGUCCAGCUCUCUGUCUUCUGUACGGAGGACGAGACGGGCCAGUCGCCGGUCUGUCCGCCUCCUCACGCCGUCUCUUAUAUCACAUCAAACCGACAGAGACAGAAACAUGUGAUUUAUCAGCUACUUUCAGGUUUAUAACAAACUGUAGAAGACUCCAGCUGUGCUGUAGGAGUGAAGAUCCUCUUUGGAUAUUCAAGCUGCUCUGGGAUCAGACCCGUCCUAGCUAGUUAGAAACUUUUCUAGCUGCACCGACUCCUGGAAAAGAACAUUUUAUUUUCUAUUUUUCCGUUCUUGUGUGAAGCUGAUGGGAUUAUGUUAUUUAUGCUGAAAUGUUGCAACUUUUCUUUACAGUGUAAAGUUUACAGAUUGUUUUUAACCCAUGUAUUUAUUGAUCUAAUUAUUGAUUUAUUUAUCUGCCGUUCUGGAUGACAUGGCAUUAUUUAUGUAAUCUUUUCCACCUUUAAUGUUAAGUGUUGUCAGCUUGUAUCAACCUUUGAUUCUACUGUACUCUGUUCAAGUCCUGUCCUCUAAAUUUUGUGACUUCCUGCUGAGGUCAGACUACACUGAUCCUUUCAUCACAAAGUCCGAUUGGACGAUCACAGAGCCGUAAAUUCUUCUUGACUGUCAGACAUAUCUCCAUUCUGACUUUCCUUGAAAGGCAAAGAAAAAUAAAACAUGCUAGACUUUCUGUCGGGAGGUCGAGAGGCGUCCCAUCUGUGGCCUUGAUUGUUCUUCACUAUGACACACUGAAUAAAACAAUCAAUUUUUAAGGUUGUUGUAGUCUGACCUCUGGAACUGGUCCAAAGUGGUUCCAACCAGCCUAAUCUUACUGGUUCCAUCCAACAAAGCUUUAUAUUAAAUGGUGCCAACUAGUUCUAAGUGGGUGCUACUGCUUCAAGCUAGCUCCUGGUGGAUCUCUGGUUUCAGCUUGUUCAGACCUGGUUUGGAAUUUAAUAUUUAAAACAUAACUUCACACUAUAGUGAGUAUUUCAAGUAUAACUGGAACUACUCACGACAUAUGUUGUAUUUGUGCAAACUGAGCCUUGUCUCUGUACUUUUACAAGUUCCCAGUUGCAGAAAUUUUAACCACAAGCUCUCAAAGAACGCAUCAGGAAACUGUAAAUCAAAGUGACAGUGAAGUGUAACAGUAGAUGUCCGUGUAUCCAAAGUUUUCUCUGUUUUCUUCAAUUUUGUUAGAUGUUAUAUGUCCUGAACUGGAGCUUUAUCUAUUUAUUUAUUUAUAAGUCUUUUUGAAAGCUGCUAACGGAGGUCUGAUGAAUGGCUCCAGGAGGUGAAAGUGCUGUAAAGGGAAUUUAUUGCAGUCCGACCUGCGGGUUCGAUAAGUCUUAAUGUUCUUCAGAGACACACCAGCUGUUCGAUUUUACUGUUCGACUGUACGUGAUGAUUUGACUGAAUAACAGACUGUACAACUCUAAGCUAAAACUGCUGAUCUAUUUAUUCAACCUGUGUACGUGUAUAAUGUUCAUGAUGUAGUGAUUAUGUCGAGUUAGCCGAGCUCCGAGCUGCGUUCAACGCGACACACGCUCCACUGUGUUGGCAGAGCGUGUUCGUCGCCGUGAAGUGUCUUCAUGUGUUCAGGUUACCGUCGGCAUGGUAGUGAUGCUCUGAUUUCAAAGUAGACAUGUUACUGAAUGUUUUGUAAUGAGCAGUGAAGUGUUGCACAUGUUGCUCUGCAGCAGCAGCAGCAGCAGCAGCGUGUUGAAUGCAGCCCGGCUUCACACACACACACACACACACACACACACACACACACACACACACGCACCUGUGAUCGUGGGUAGUUCACUCUGUAUGAUAUCAGUAUAAAUGUAAUGUUUACAGAAUAUAUAAAGAUGAUAAUGAACCAUAUAUAUGUGAGAAAACAUAUAUAUAGAUCUAUUCAACUGAAAUAUGCAGCGGCCCAGACUGUAGUGUAUAUGUGUGUAUUAGUGUGUAUGUAUGUGUAGUUUUGUUGUGUAUUUUAGUGUUAAUGUGACCAGGGCCAACAGAGAUGUGUUAACAUGAAUAAAGUUUGAGUGAAUGAAGAAGAC